AUGUCCAUUCUUUUGGCGACUGCAGGAUGGGAGCUCGUCCUUCAGACCGCAGGCAUGCAUCUCGCACAUCUCGCCUGCAUUGCUUUUGGACACGGCGAGCAGGUGAAGUCUGCAGAGCCUCUCCAAGACACUACAAACAGCUCCUCUGCCUCCCAGAGCCGCAGAUCACUGAGGAACAUGUACCAGUGGAACAGAUCCGGGCCCCGAACUGGACUACUCUAUUGCAGAGUUGGAAUUGGAUUUCAUUUGCAGAUUCACCCCGAUGGUAGAGUCAGUGGCUCACACGAAGCCAAUCUGUUCAGUAUUUUGGAAAUAUUCGCUGUGGCUCAGGGCACAGUGGGGAUACGAGGAAUUUUUAGCGACAGAUUCCUAGCGAUGAAUAAAAAAGGGAAAGUCUACGCAACGACCAAGUUUACAAAUGAAUGCAAAUUCAGGGAGAGAUACCAAGAGAACAGCUACAACACUUAUGCCUCAGCCACCUACAAAAACUAUCAUAAUGGUCGAGAAUGGUAUGUGGCUUUAAACAAACGUGGGAAAGCCAAAAAAGGGAAUAGCCCUCGGGUGAAACCUCAGCACAUUUCUACACAUUUCCUUCCCAGAUUCAAACAGUCUGAGAAGGAGAAGACUUUUACCAUCACAAAAAAAACUCCAGAGAGGAUAACACCCCCUAAACCUCCCAAAUUGCCUCCACCCGUCAAGGUCAGCAGGAAGAAUACCAACACUGUUAAAUACAGGCCUAAAUUUCGAUUUGGAUAGUGGCAAAUGGAACUUUUUCUAUUGAUUUGGGGGUCAAGUGACUGUUGAAAGCAGCUGUGGUGCACAGAGCUGACAAAAGACAAACAUAAGGGUCGUCCCUUUGUCAAACAAAGAGCAAUCCCAUUCCCUCGUACACAUGACCU